AUGGUCGUCGACACAUCAUACUACGACAUUCUGGGCGUCAAGCCCGACGCGUCAGAGCUGGAGAUCAAAAAGGCCUACAGAAAGUUGGCCAUCACCACGCAUCCCGACAAAAACCCCGGCGAUGAGACCGCGCACGCCCGGUUCCAGGCCGUCGGCGAGGCAUACCAAGUGUUAUCGAACAAGGAAACGCGGGCAGCCUACGACAAAUAUGGCAAGGACAAAGCCAUGCCCAGUCAAGGGUUUGAGGAUCCAUCGGAGUUCUUCAGCAUGAUCUUUGGCGGGGACGCGUUCGUCGACCUGAUUGGCGAACUGACACUGCUGAAGGAUCUGACGCACACGAUGGAUGUCACGAUGGAGCAGAUGGAGGAGGAAGAGCUGGCCCGGAACGCCGAGGAGAAGCUGAACAUCCACGACGAAAAGGAGAAGGAGGCCACAGCGGCGACCGCGGAGGGUCUCAGCGCGAAGGCGGCAGAGCCGGGACCCGGGCGAUCAACUAGUUCUGCUACAGCAGAAACACGCACCGGCUCAACCACAACCUCACCUCAUCCACCAUCACCGUAUGUUGCAGGAGAAGAUGCAUCCACAUCCACAUCCGCCGCCGCCACCGCCAGGUCUUCAGGGACCAGCACUCCGCAAAGAAGAUAUCUCGGCCAACAAGCCAUCAUGGAUCGAUCCGAGGAAGAUGCUCGCAUGGACGCGGCCGGAUUGACGCAGGAGGAGAAGGACCUGCAGAAGAAGAAAAAGAAGGGCGGGCUGACCAAAGAACAGCGCGAGAAGCUCGAGGCGUAUGAGCGGGAAAGGCGGAAACAGCGAGAAGAACGAGUCAACACCCUUGCGAAGAAGCUGAUCGACCGCAUCAGCGUAUGGACCGAAACGGACAAGAACCCGGACGUGACCCGGGCGUUCCAAGAAAAGACGAAACUCGAGGUCGAGAACCUCAAGAUGGAAUCGUUCGGAAUUGAAAUCCUGCACGCCGUCGGCCAGACGUACCUCCAGAAAGCCACGUCGUUCCUCAAGUCCCAGAAGUUCCUCGGCAUCUCCGGCUUCUUCUCGCGCCUGAAGGACAAGGGCACCCUGGCCAAGGAGACGUGGACCACGAUCUCGACCGCCAUCGACGCGCAGCUGACGAUGGAAGAGAUGGCCAAAAUGGAAGAGAAGGGCGGCGCCGACUGGACGGACGAGAAGAAGGCCGAGUACGAGCGCAAAGUGACGGGCAAGAUCCUGGCCGCCGCGUGGAGAGGCUCCAAGUUCGAGAUCCAGAGUGUGCUGCGCGACGUCUGCGACAAGAUCUUGAACGAUAAGACCGUCAAGCUCGAGAAGCGGAUCGAGCGUGCCCAGGCCCUGGUGCUGAUGGGCACGAUUUUCCAACAGGCCCAACGUGACCCAGACGAAGAAGGCGACUUUAUGGCCUUUGAGCAGCUCAUGGCCGAAUCCAUGAAGAAGCAGGAGAAGAAGAAGGACAAGGAGAAAAAUAAGGACCACAAACACCACCAUGGCCUCGGCCACGAUCACAAGCGCAAAGAGUCUCCCUCGGCGACACCGGCCUCCUAG